GUCUCUUUUAGGGGGGAUCCAGAUAAAUGUGACAUUUGGGGAAACACCCCUUUGCAUCUGGCUGCUGCCAAUGGGCAUCUAAAUUGCUUGUCCUUUCUGGUGUCUUUCGGGGCCAAUAUCUGGUGUCUGGAUAAUGACUACCACACGCCAUUGGAUAUGGCUGCCACCAAGGGCCACAUGGAGUGCGUGCGUUAUCUGGAUUCCAUUGCAGCCAAGCAGAAUGGUUUAAAUCCCAAGCUGGUUUCCAAACUGAAGGACCGUGCUUUCCGUGAAGCAGAAAGACGAAUUCGUGAUUGUGUAAAACUGCAACGCAAGCAUCAUGAGCGGAUGGAGAGGCGUUAUCGAAAAGAGAUGUCUGACCGUUCUGAUACCAUGAGCUUCUCUAGCUUUUCAAGCAGCUCAGUGAGCCAGCGCUUCCCCAGUGCCACAUUACUUGCCACCAUGCCAUAUUCUCACACUGCAGGCACCACAAAGGGCAAAUCAAAGGUGCAAAAGAAACUGGAGAAACGGAAGCAGAAUGAUGGAACUUUUAAGAUAUAUGAAGAUGGUCGGAAGAGUGUGCGCUCACUUUCUGGACUUCAGUUAGGAAAUGAUGUCAUGUUUGUGAAGCAAGGCACCUAUGCCAGUUCCCGGGAUCGAGGCCGACAACAUCUCCGGGAUAUGUUCGUUCAUGAGGAGGAUUCAUUAUCAAGGGCUGUCAGUGACCCCGGACUACAUGUCGAUUCUGCUCACUCUGAGGUCAGCACUGACUCUGGGCAUGAUUCACUUUUCACCAGACCAGGUCUUGGCACUAUGGUUUUCAGGAGGAACUAUCUAAGCAGUGGGCUGUUUGGAGUAGGCAGGAAGGAGGACAAUGGACAUACCAUAGAAAGUGAACAGGUGAAGCUGCGGAGUAGACUCAAACGUUCUUCAAGUUUGGACGAUAGUAUUGGCAGUGCCAGAAGCCUGCAGGAGAGAAAUGAGCGGGAGCUGCCUUGGGAAGAGGAAGAGUUAGGGUUGGAUGAUGAAGAGGAACCUGAUACCAGCCCUCUAGAGACUUUUUUGGCAUCACUGCAGAUGUCAGAGUUUUUCACCCUUUUGCAGGGUGAGAAGAUUGAUCUGACAGCUCUGACACUUUGCUCAGACAAUGACCUUAAAGGUAUACACAUUCCCUUAGGACCUCGCAAAAAAAUCCUUGAUGGAAUCCAGAGGAGAAAACAGGCACUAGAUAGACCCCAAUCAAUAGGAGAUACUGAGCUGUAA